AUCUAUAGAAGAAUUCUCAAAUGUCUCAGAACAAUCACUAAUUGUAUGAUGUACUGUAGCAUUGACUUUGAGUUUUUGUCUAAAGGAACUCAUUUUGAAAGAGUCAUUGAGUUCCUUAUCUUGACUCAAACAAACGGAUUAAAUUAUUCUCUCCAAGAAGAUGAUCCUAAUAGCCAAGAAGAGUCUAAAAAUACAACUAAAGGCCUUCAUACAUCUGCAUAUUCUCAGAGGCAGGGAAAUACGGGAGGAAACGGGCAUGAGAUAUUUGAAUUUAUCAAAGAAAUAAAAUCUGAGUGCAAAGUAGCACUUCUUCUCAUAGAAAACUAUAAUACCAUCACUAGUAAAGACUUUACACUUUCCCAAGACACUGUGAUUAAGAACGAAAUUAUCAAGAUAGAUUUCCUAAUGAAGAGUGUGUUCAAGAACUCUGAGCAUUUGACUUGCAAAUCCUUGGCUUGUCUGGAGAAAAUGCUAAAUGUUCUUACGAAUAAGAGAAACCAUGUUGUGGAAGACGUUUCAGAAGAUGAGUUUGAAAAUUCAGGAAAAGUUAUAAAGAAACCAUCAAAGGGGGGAGAUCAAACUAACCUUAAUAAGUCAAUGAGAAAAUAUCUCCUUGAUGGAAAGAACUUUGUGAGAAGUAUUGAAAAGUUAUUAGAUAGCCCUCACCCUUGUGUUGUAAGAGAAGCAGCAAGAGUUCUUUCUAGCUUUGUGUCGAGGCCAGAAGGAAUGGAAUUGUGGCUAAAAUUUGAUUCAGCAAGAGUAGGUAUCGACUCUGCAUGAGUGAGGGAUGUCAAAGUCUAUGGAAAUCCAACAAGAAUUCCAAAAGAUACAGGAUAUCACUUGCCUAUAAAAGAAACUAGCACUUUCAGAUAUAUCAUCGAAGAGAAAAAGGCUAGAACUGAGCAGUUAAGAAAAAGAGGAAUUGGGCAGGAUUUUAUGAACAAAGACACAGAAACAAAAGCUGGCAAAGGAUGAAAAGGUGACAAAUUAUGUAGAAGUAUUCUAUAAUUGGGGUGCAAUAUUUAACUUUGGUGAUAAAUUGGAGAUUUUCCCUCCA